AUGAGUCUAACCGACUACGAAAGCGAAUUGGUCGUCGAAUGGCUGAACAAAAUGCUGAAAUGCGAAGGCAAAUACCUCGAACCCAUACUCGACCUCCAAUCCACCGUUCUCAUGAAGGACGUCUGCUCGAUGCUGAAGCAAGACGUCCACGUCUUCACCUUCUCCGUGGACACCCUCGAGGACUACAUCUCUAAGAAAUCCGCCCUCUCGCAGGAGAUCCCCGACCCCGUCCUCGCCUUGGUCUGCACCAUCUUCGUAUGCAGCAAGUACAUCGGCGAGCAGGACAUCAAAAUCAAACACCUCACCAUCGUCCUCAAGAAACUCACCGGGCAAAUCUACGACCCCACCGCCAUCAAAUCCGCCGAGGUGGAGAUCCUCUCCACUUUGAACAACAAUCUACCCAUCAACAACAACGUGGAGGACUUGAAGACGUUCGUGGCGAAAUUCGAAAGGGAAUGCCCCAUCAAGGUCUCCAUCAUACCGCUCUGCGUGGAGAUCAUGGAGAUGCUCUAUCUGACGCGCAAGGAGUGGUUUUAUUCGCUCAAAGAGCUCUACGUGAACACCAAGGAGGCCCUUAGGGUGUUCAAUAAGUUGAUCAGGAGCCGGUUUUAUUUGCCCAUUGGUAUUUUGAUUUACGCCUUCAGGAAUACCACUUAUUCCAAAACGUUGAGCGUCAAUAAUAUGCUGGAGGAUUUCGCGAAAGGUUCGCAAAUCCACGUGGAUCAUUUGAACGCGCUGUGCACUAAAUGCCAAAACGAUGGUACUUUAUACACAUCCUCCGUAUUGCGAACCAACAGUUCCAGAAUACUCGAAUAUAACAACAACAGGUACUAUUUCUUCACAGAAGUCGCGCUCAACUUCUACAGCGCCUUCCAAUUCUGCAAACUGCGCAACAUGGAGUUGCUGAGCAUCGAAAGCGCCGAGGAAAACACCAAAAUCGGGCUGCAUUUAGUCGAAAAAGGAUGGGCGGGGCGGCGUUUCUGGACCUCCGCAGUCAACAUGGGGGUGAACAAGAAAUGGUUCUGGUUGAGUACCGGGCAGGAAUUGAAGUACUUCAAUUGGGACAAGGGCGAGCCCACCGGCGAAAGCGUUCCUUUCGUGGCGAAUUAUGAGAAUUGCAUACAGGCGAGGCACGAGGGCAACCGGGGAUUCACCUGGAACGAUUUGAAUUGCUUCCAGUGGAACAACGUGAUCUGCGAGGCGCCUGUUACUUGCUCCUGCAAGGCUCCCAGGAUAUCACUACCAGAAUUCUGAUUUGUUGUAUUAUUGUUUUAUGCUAUAAUAUAAAAUGCUGUAUACAAGGUGGUCU